AUCUGAACGAUUACAACUCUCUUAAUCUUCGAUUAUAGUUAUGAAUCUUGAUGACUUGCAUCAAAUGCACAGUGACCUCUUGCAAGAAAUCUGGAUGUUGACCCUAGAAAACGACAUGUAUGAGCGGUACCUGAGCCGACAAGAUCCUCACAGUCUCAAAAGUAAAGAAGCAAAAAUUACAAGAAAAGUUACAGCACACUUAUUACCAAGAUCAUCGCGUAUGAGCUUCCGAGAAAGCGUAAUAAAUUUCCAUGACCCUGGCAGACAUAGUGUUGUUAGUACACCUAGCAUUGUCAGCAUGCCGUCCGUAAAUCGAUUAGGAACAACAAGCAUCAUGACAAUGGGAACUACAGGCGAUAGCCCGAAGUCAGAAUAUCAAGACCAUCUGAAAAAUGUCAUUGGAAAAUUAACUGUAAAAAUCACAAUAGCGCAUCGGAUGUUUAUGGCAAGAAAGGAAGUGGAGGAGAUGAAACGGAAACUGGAACAGAUGCAAGUGUUCGUGCGAAAGAAGAAAGCAACCAUGAGGGCAAAGAUCGAGGAAAUCGAAAUUCGGAUCAGCGAGGCGCAUGAAUCGACGGCAGAGUUCGAAUCGGAAGUGGUUGUAGAGGGCGUGGACUCUAUAACAGGGAAGAUUCCUGCCGAACGAGUGAUCAGAUUCAUCGAAGAAUGGCUGAGAUCGGCGAACACGAUACUAGAGAGGCUAAGAUUGAAGAGCGCUACAUUGAGAAUGCUGAUCAGAAAGGCUAGACAGCAGCUUGCUCAGAGGAAGGAACUAGGCGAGUUACUUCACGCCGUUGACUUCGAGAAAUUAAGCAUCGAGAACCAGGAUUACGCAAAGAUGCUCGAAGAAAAGAACCUGUACGUGAUAGAUAUGAAGAGGAUCGCAGGUGAUCGAUCUUGGUACUACCAUCUGAAACUGACGCAACACAAACAGAAACUGGAAGAUCUGUUGCGUAAAUUGAAUGAGGUGAAGAGCGAAAUUAUAACGAAACAGGAUCAGAUUAAAGAGUUAAAGAUCGAGCAGCGGGUCGUUGAAGUUAAAGUGAAACGGCUGAACAAGAAAUUGCAAAAUUUAUUGAGUUUCAUGGAUAAUCAUAUCGCACCAGAUAUUUUAGAAUUUGUCCACAUACAAGUAGAAUGCGAGGAAUUAGACAAAACUUAUAAAUUACUGCAGAGACGUAGGAAUAUCGAGAAGAUAAUAUUUGAGGAGUAUAAAAAACAGUCUCAGACUAGAAAGAAAUCUCAUAUGGACGAUGAAGCCAGGGGAAGACAGUAA